CCUUCUCUCAAUGUGGUAUCAAGAUCGAGGAGAUACGGAAUGAAACGGAAAUUCUUCAGAGAUUAGGGUUCGUUUGCGGUUUGAUUUUGUUCGCAAAUGCCGUUCACCAGGUACCAGAUAAGGAACGAGUAUAGCUUGGCGGAUCCGGACCUGUACAGAGCCGCAGAUAAUGAUGAUCCUGAGGCGUUACUUGAAGGAGUGGCGAUGGCUGGACUCGUCGGUGUCUUGCGGCAGCUCGGCGACCUCGCCGAGUUUGCUGCUGAGAUAUUCCAUAACUUGCAUGAAGAGGUAAUGACAACAUCUGCAAGAGGCCAUGGUCUAAUGGUCCGUGUUCAACAGCUUGAGGCAGAGGUCCCAUCACUUGAGAAAGCAUUACUGUCACAGACCAAUCAUGCAUCCUUCUUUACCAAUGCAGGUCUGGACUGGCAUCCUAAUCUGCACACUGAGCGAAAUCUGAUAGUUCGUGGGGACUUACCUCGUUGUGUGAUGGACUCCUAUGAAGAAUGCCGGGCUCCACCUCGGUUAUUCCUUUUGGACAAAUUCGAUGUUGCGGGUGCUGGGGCUUGUUUGAAGCGUUACACUGAUCCAUCAUUCUUUAAAGUUGAAUCAGCAUCCUCUGGAGCAGCUGUAGAAAUCAAGAGAGAAAAUAAAAUCCGCAAAGGAAAGAAGAAAGGAUCACGCUGGAGAAAUGGAGAGAGCCCAGAAGUUAUUCCUGCAUCCCAUGCCAAACUUCGUCAGUUGUUCUUGGAGGAGCGAAUUGAGAAUGCCUAUAGUGACCCUGCUCGUCCUGUGAAAUUGAAGAGAAGGCAAUUAAAUGCAUCUCCACUUGACCCCAAAUCUGGGAAGAGUUACAUGGAAAAGUUUCUGGAGACUCAUUCCCCAGAGCAUAAAAUCGUUUAUGAAACUUCUGUUACUCCACCAUUCUUAAAACUAGCUUCAAAUAAUUCUAGUGAUUCAGGGCUUGAUAUAAUUGAAAUUAGUACAGUGAGCCCUAUGGAAAAAGCUUCUCAAGAAAAGGAGAGCACUUCAUCAUCACCUAAUGCAGAAGAACCGGCUGUUAAAUCAUCCAUGGAGGAGUCAAAUGGAGAUGUCAUAAAUACAGAAAUUGGGAAGGUGCCUGUGUCAAUGGCUAAUGGUUGCAUGAAUGAAAUUUCUCCAGCCCAUUCUGAUGUAGUCCAUUCUGAUGACCAGUCCAGUGAGGUUGACUGUUACAUGGAUGCUCUUACUACCAUGGAAUCUGAGAUUGACACUGACUAUGACUACAGACCUAAAAAUGAUCUUGUCUGUGCCUUAAAAAUUAGAACAGAUUCAGAUGCAAACGAGGAGCAGCUUGAGGCUAAUUCUACAUAUUGCCAAUCAAUUGGAAUCUCUUCUUCAUUUGAUGAUGGGAACAACUCAUUCAAGAGAGGAACAUCUAGUUUAUCCUAUUCUGAUAGUGUAAGUGAUCUGGCUGAAAGUGCACCAUCCGAUAAUGAAGUAGCAACUAAUGGAUUCCCUUUUACUGAAUAUUUUGCAUCUGGGACUGCUGAAACACCAUCCAUCCAGUUUUCUGCCUCUGCACAGACAGUAGGACCUAGUUCUACUGAUGUUGCAUCACCCAAAAAUACCUUCCUUGAUGAAGAUAAGUUUUGUGGGGAUGCAGAAUGGUGUAUAGAUGAGUUGGACAGUCAGAACAAAAAUGCUUCCUCUAAUUCUGUGCUCCAUCUGUCAAAUAAUUCACAGGUUGCUCCUGAAAAGGAAAUCAAUAAUGACUCCUGGGAUGAAGUUAUUCGAACAGACUGUGCAGAAGAAAAUGGCACUGAAAUUUUGGCCAACCAAAUAAUUUGUUCACCCAAGGCAGUGGGUUCACCUACUGAAGAGCAACUGAUUUGUUCAACAUUUCCAGAAUCAGAAAGGCACCCAAGUAUCAAUUUGCUGCCUGAUGGUAUGGCUCUUGUGAAGCCUGGUAACUUGGCUCCUGAAGUCAGUAAUGCAGUUUCAGAAGCUCGAGGUUAUUCAGAAGACACAAAUCUCCAGAUGGAGUCUUUGCCUACUUAUAGCUUUGAUGAACAUAAAGUAUUGCCACAUGAUUUCCCACAAGUUAAAACCUACUCAAUAGACACUGGAUCUUCAUAUUCAGAACAGAAAACAGAUCUCGAUGAAGUUUUGGAGGCUGCUGAAACCGAGGAAAUAGGGGUAUUUACCCCCAAGGUUGUUGUGGUGGAACGAGGUGCCUUCCUUCUUGAUCAAGGCUCGGACCUUGCGUCUGUAACAACAAUUGAAGCAAUUCAAGCUGAGGAUUUUGCUGUCUCCACUGCCACUGCAGUUCCUUCUCAUGGCUCUGGUGAUAUUAACAAUAUUGAUUGUCAGUCUUCAAAUCCAAUUUGUUCCCCAUCUAAGAAUCUAAUUACUUUGGAACAAUCUAUGUUUGGUACUCUGGCUUCACAUCACAAAGGAUCAGAAAUUAAUGUGGUACUUUCUCCGGAAUAUGUUACAGAAUCUGAGGCACAAAAGGAAGGAAUUAAAGAGGAAGUGGCUAUUGCAGAUAAUGAGGUGAUUUCUCAAGAAAGUCUUAUAGAAUAUGUGGUGCAAAAUGAAAUAAAUCAAGUAAAAGUUGGUCCUUCAGAGUCAGAUUCCACUCUGUUGGUUUCUUACAACCAUUGCAGUAUAGAAGAUGUUUCUAAUUCUUCUGUGGCUGAGCCCAGCAAAGAGAGUUUGAGCGUUCAUAACGCUGCUCCAGCAGUAUCUUCAGAACCAAGUGAUCAAGAGUCAGGAUUAAGAUGUUUACAUGAAAGCCAUCUCACUGAAGACGUCAUGUCAUCAUCCACAUGUAACGUCUCAGAGCCAGGAAUUACUUUAGAGCAGUUGGCCGGCCAGCAAACUGAACCAACCAUGGGUGAUAUCCAAGUAGAAGUAGAAAACUUUAGUUCAUCAUAUCUCCCAUUCAGACAGACGGAAACUCAGGAUGAUGAGGAAAGGCACCUUGAUUCUUCCCCUGUGCAUUGUGAAGAUGAUUCUCCAAUUCAACCUUUAAAAAUAGAGCUUUUGCCACAAUUGGCUGCAAAGGAACUUGAGAGUAAUGAGUAUAGGAUGGAUCCAAUUAAUCCAGUUGUUUCUACCUUUGUCCUGCUUCCUGGGGCAACUCAAGUCAGUAUAGAGGAAAUGCCACCAUUGCCCCCUCUUCCUCCAAUGCAGUGGAGGAUGGGGAGGGGUCAGCAUAAUCCCAUAUCUUCACACAGAGAAGUGGUUGGUCAGGGAUCAUUGCCGGUGAUACCACCAUAUGCAUUUGAGCAGAAAGCUCAAUUUGGUUCAUCAGCAACGAAAGGAGGGGUUCUACAGCAUGGAAGCUCAUCAUCAAGCCUCGUAUAUGUAGACAAAGAGAAGUCUUGCCACGUGUCUGAACAAUUAGUGGCAAAUAUGGUGCAGUCUACUACAUUCUCAAUGAACUUUCCAACUGUGGUUAACAAUACAAACAGUCAACACUGGGGUAUACUGUUAGACAGAACUCAUUCAUUGAACCCAUUUUUAACAUUACCUGCCACGUAUAAUGAAAGGCCUGGAUAUGGUGCAUUUGCUAUGGAAGGCAAUACGGUACAAUCUAAUGACUCAUUCCCAUCGGUGCCUACCAUUAUGUCUGUGACUUCCAGAAUUGAUCUUGUAUCUUCACCUGAAACAACCCAACCUCAAAACCAGAUUGUAUUGGGUACUGGUUCAGAGAAAGAGGCAUUUCAACAGUCCACACGAAAUUCUGAGGGAGAACAUGAUAGUCCUAGCUAUACAGCUGUGCCUGUGCCUUCCCCAACAGAGAUGCAGACUCCGGUGGAAGAGCAGCCUCUGUAUUUCGUGGAGGAUCUGCAACUUAAAAAUGUAGAAGAGCAGCAACCUCAGCAUGGUCUGGUACCUUCAGAGGGAGAAAUGGUGCAGACGUCAAAUGCAUUUGCUCAGCAUGAUUUGUCAAUUCCAGGAGUGCGGUCCUCAAAUGCAGUUUCUCUAUCACAGCCUGCUGAAGUUGGAAAGGCAAAUGGGAAUCCAUCUGUUAAAAUUCCUCGACUUCAGAAUCCAGUGAUUGAUGGAAUUGCUGCUCUUGACAAAAGCAGGUUGCGAAAAGCAACUGAACGAGUUUUGUCUCAGAUUGCACCAAAGGUAGAUGAAAGAGAUUCAUUGCUGGAACAAAUACGAACAAAGUCCUUCAACUUGAAGCCUGCUGUGGUGACAAGACCCAGCAUUCAGGGUCCCAAAACCAACUUGAAGGUUGCAGCAAUCUUGGAGAAAGCAAAUGCAAUUCGCCAGGCAUUUGCUGGAAGUGAUGAAGGUGAUGAAGAUAGUUGGAGUGACUCUUGAAGACAGCUGCCCUGUAUGAUGGCAUCAUAUCUUAUACAGUCCCAUAUCAAUUUCCCCCCUUGAAUGAAUACGAUUGGCUGCGAUUCUUUCCUCUUUCUCAAUUUUCAUGUAUUAUACUCCCCUCUUCCCUCUCUCUCUUACACAACAAAGAUGUUCCACCAUCACCUUUCUCUGCUAUACCUUCAGAAAUCCAGUGUGAGGUCAAAAUGCAUACACAAGAGCAAGUUAGGAGGUUUCAGCACUCCGUACCAGUCAAAUGUUUAAUUAGCUUGAGAACUUGUAAGGUGUAAAUUGAUUUUGAGGUGGUAUAGGUUUUGGUAUGAAGUCUGUUACUUGUGCAGUUUUCCAGUCCUGUAGGUAUUAUGCUUUCUAAUGAGACUUUCUGGCCAUCUUUUUGUCUUUGGCUCAAUGGCUCAUACAAGUUGUCCGUUGUCCGUAGAAUUGUCAAGGAUGUGUGAUUUUAUUUUAGCAAGGUUCGUCAAUUCUGGGAUUAUUAGAAGCAAAUGCUUGCAAAAGAGUAUCAGAUUAUUGUCAAGAUUACACAAAGC